AUCCGUUUCUGAAAGACUCGCUUGUGCCCGAUGUGAAAAUACGGUCUUUGCCAAGUAUGCGUUUGAUGGGGCUUGAAAAAGCCAAAAAUGUAUUUCCAAAAAGUAGCGUCUUAUGAUGGCAACGAUAAAUAGCAUGUGUUAGGAAAAUUCGGACGUUCGAGGCGAAAAAUCCUGAGUAUAAAUAGACUCUUGGUAAUUUUUGCACGUAGUUUGACGUAGAAAGCACACUGAUCGGUGCCAGAGUGGAUUCCGCAUUGGAUUUUAGUCCAGCUUGGUGUACUGCGUUGUUUUCCAUAGUGUUUACGGCGAAACAAAAAAGUUCCUACUAUUAGCUGAUUAGGGGAGGAAAGUUGUGAAACAUUGAAGUUCAGUGACUCCGGUUCCACCAGCAACAAAGAACAUGCCGACAGAAUGCAUCGCCAAUCCCCUGCAGAGGGAGUUAGCAGAUUCUAUAAUUCGCAUGGUGCCUCUAGACGAGAUAAGGAUUUUACUGGCAUGUGGCGCAAAGGUGAAUGAGCCAGUGACUCAAGGAUUGAUGCCCUUGCAUUACGCGAUUUGGCAAAAAUACUACGAGGCGGCUCAACUGCUGCUUACCAGAGGAAGUGAUGUGAAUGCAACUGAUGAAUGUGGAUACAGUCCAUUGCAUCUAAGUGCUGAACAUGGCUACACUGAAUUUGUGCGCCUCCUACUGAAAUCUGGAGCCAAAGUUGACUAUCGGCCAGACACCAGGGAUGAGUUUCCGAAGACUACGCAUUGUGAUGAACCUUUAAGACUGGCCAUUAGGAAUAAGCACAAAGAUAUCGCUAGGUUGUUAUUGGAACAUGGAGCGGACCCCAAUAAGCGCUACUUUUUUGGAUCCGAAAUCAACUUGGUCAGCGACUUGGACUUUUUGGAACUGUUGCUUACUUUCGGCGCAAACCCGGACAGUAGGGAUAGAUCAGGAUUAACACCUCUGAUGAAGGCGGUUCGGCAGGCAAACAAUAUGGAAGCGGUUCUUCUGCUGUUGAAGCAUGGAGCUGAUGUUAAUGCCAUCGCUGAUCAACGACAUGAUUAUAGAACGGUUCUUCACUAUGCCGUCCUAUCUGGAAACACCGACAUCAUCAACCUCGUGAUCAAACAAGGAGCCAAGCUGAAUUACGAUGAAGACUUUGACCUGGGCAAGCCCAGUCCCCUGGAUUUGGCUAUUUUGAAAGGAGAUCCCAAAAUAGUUGAACUGCUCAUCCGCUCAGGAGCAAAUGUGAACUGCAGUUCCCCUAUCAUUGGAUCGCCUUUACAUGUAGCUUCUUCUGAAGGAAUACCGAACAGGUCUGAUAUCUUGAAGAUGCUUUUGCAAGCUGGCGCUGAUCCGAACUUGAAAGUAUUCACCGAUGAAUACGAUCACAGUUCGCAACUGAGGCCUGUUCUUGUAGAGUACAUAGCCAGCAACGAGUGUCCCAGUUUUGCAGUCAUUAAUAUGCUGAUCAAAUAUGGAUCACGGGUGGUAAUGAAGACCCAAUUUCGAGACCCCGAAGGCAUGCUGAACUGCCUUCACAACGUCGUUUCGAACGAGUCGAUAUUUUUCCUUCUCCUUGAAGCGUGCGAAGCUUUCGACCCGUGCAUGAUCAGAAGAAACCAAGUGGUUACGCAUAGCCAGAAAACCAAACUCCUGGACCUGGCAAAGUAUCCUCUAACUCUGAAGAAGCAAAUCCGAUUAUACAUGAGGAAACUGAUGGGGUCGAGGCUCAUGCACAUUGCAGGCGGGUUCGACAUCCCCAUCUGCUUGAAGAAAUAUCUUCUGUUCGACUACAGCUGAGUCACGAUCAGCCAGAAUCACGGUGAUCGAUUUGUGAUGGUUUAUAAAUUUGAUUAUUUCGACGAUUUGUUUGGGUCGCAGGCUUUACAGCCUGUACUUUUGUAACAGAAACUAUGUUUCUAAGAUUUUUAUUGGUAAAGUAUAAAGGUAAUUCAGCGGCCCCCAUUAGGCUAAAAGCCUAAAGGUUUGUGCCUUUUGGGGGUCUUGUGAUGAUAGAUGGCCACUUUCGAUGUUUGGACUAACUGUAAACUAACACUUUUGCCGAUGUAAUGUUUUCCCAUAGAGGAAUGUAAAGUCGUUUAAUGUAAUUUUAUUCAAUAUUAACAGUUACCCCGAAUAAGUACUAAAUGCUUUAAAUUUUAAAGUUUCCAAUAACUCUCGCCUUUGCUUACUUUUGCGCUUCUCAACCUUGAAUAACUGCUUCAGACCUAAUACUUCUUUAAUGCAUACUUAGAGCAAAGAUAACAUAGAAUUUUAAUGUCUUUUCCUCGCGUUUUUUCUCUUGCCCUGCUUAUUCUGGAACCCCCUAAUUCAACCGCAAAUUAAAGAGUAAUCUUUCCCGAAAAAUGCAAAUAAAAAUCGUAUUUUAACGAUCGCCAAACAGCCGUUCCAUUGGCUUACUACCUACUUAACAAAUAUUUUUGCAGCACGCUUAUAAUUGAAAUUCUGCCAUUAUGUAACCACAUGCAUACUUGAAAGCUAUUAACAGCUAUUGAUGACUGAAUCACUCACUGCCGCUCUAAAAAUGCACCAAAACAAAGAUCCUCGAAAUAACCCAUAGAGAAUGUCUUAAAAUAACAAUAUUAGUUAUUAGGUAAGCCAAAAUGGGAUUGUUUACACAGAAUAAUAAGUUAUAGUAUUUAUUUUGGUUGUGUACUAACGGAACGUAUGUAUCGUUUUUAUAAUAUCCCUGAUGAAACUAACGUAUUUUAAUUUUUUUUAAGUGGUCAUCUACAAAAUAAAAUUAAAUUUUUUGAAGAAAACUCUUGCAGCUUCAAAGCAGUCACAACGAACAUUCAUAGAAGGAACCUGAUAAUUCCUCUUAAUUGGUAUUAUUCAUUUAGUUUUAAUUUUUUCUAUGGUAGUUUUAUAUAUUUCUAUCCAUACUCUUUGUAUAUUUGUACUGACGAAAUAAAUUGUAAAAUAAACAA